AUGGAUUUAAGGUACACUUUUUGGAGCCCCGUAAGCACCGUGAGUGUUAAUUCGUUAUACGAUGCGAUUACACAAGAUAUACAAUCGAUAAUGCGGCUUUCACAGUUCUUGAAUCAUUUGAAUAAUGUGUGGAACGCAUCGCUGCUGUCGAUGAAAAAGGCACCAGACCCUAAAGUAACUAUAGUGGGGGAACAAGUGGUUGAGAAGAUUACUGAGAGUUUGAAGUCGUACAAGGUUGAUACCACAAGUUUAGAUCACUUGCUGAAACGGUAUGAAUCUUUACUAGGACAAUGUAAAGAGAAUAAGGGGAGGGAUGCAAGCCUGAUCAAGGAAUUGAAACAAUGGAAAACGUUGAAAUUAGAGAUUCAAGACCAAUCAGUGGUAUAUGACAAGGAUAAAGAUGACCAUCAUUGCCCUGUUGCUGGAGGAAUACUGCAAUUUCCAAGUCGAACCGUUAUGUUUAAAUUUUUGAGAUGGCUUAAAGACGAUAUCAAGUAUUCCAAACGGUUCAUCCCGAUCUCAAAGCUUCCCAAUGAGUACUUCUCCGGCAAACAAUUGAUUGAAUCCAUUAGGAAACAGUAUCCUGAUAGCGUUGUUUCUUUGUACCAACAAGAAAAAUUGGGCCAAUGGUUCAUGAGUGAAGGUUACAUGGCUCAUUAUAACGAUCUCCUCGGGGUGAGGAAAGCGUUCAGUUGUAACGGCUACUACUGCUGGAAAGAACUGGAUCAGCAGAAAUCUGUCAAGUACAACCUGGCAACGGUGAACGGAUUAAUUUGGGAACAAUGGAGUAAAUAUACGAUGCAAAAGUUACAGUUUGAAACGAACCAUUUCAAUCAGAUGGAUCAAUUAGCACAGCUGAGAGAAGAGCUAGUGCAAACAAUGAAGCAUUUCAACGGUACACUGGAGGAUACAUGGCACAUUACAAGCAAGGAAAGUGUAAAACCCAGCAGUGUAACGGUACAAUCCAUGUAUGAGCAGAACAUGGGCAGUAUUGGUUUUUACGUGACAUCGAACGAACCUAUAAUCAAGUACAAUAGUGAGACAACAAAGUUUGAAAUGACUAGUCCAAUACCUGAUGAUAUUACAGGCAACUCCCUUCUACACAGGCUAAUAGAUGAGAUUGAGAUUGAGACUGAGGAUCACGUAGAGAACAUCAAACGGUGUUGGAUAACCGAAUUUGAUUUGAUCAACUGGCAUCGAAUCAAGGAGGACCUAUUGAGAAGAUGGAUGCGCGUUCAAACUGGUGAUAAAGAUGACUACGCGAGUUUGAAUUUGACACUGGAAAAGAAAGUUCUACUACUGAAGGGCUGGCUCAUCGAAUUGGAUGAUUCGAUAAUACCCAGUGAGAUAUGCGAGGAAAGCGUAAGGAAUAACCAGAGCAUACUUAAGAGUUUCCAAGGAUCCGGAGAUAACCUGAGAAAAGAUCAAAACCGAAUUAGAUGUAUAGUGAGGAUACUAAGACACUUGGCAUGGUUGAAGGAGAAAUCAGGAGAGGCACUGGAUGACGUUUUGUCCGUCCCUUUGAAAAUUCCCGUCACUCACUAUUUCAUGAGAUGUCAGCACCAAGUACCGAACAAAAUCGGAGCAUUUAAAGCACUCCUACUGCAAUCAGUGGAGGAAGGGUUCCAGCAAUGGUACCAAUUGAUGGAGAGCACACCAACAGUACCUUCGGUACUGGUAGACGACACAAACCUAAGCCUACCACCCGGAGUCCUCACUGCCAGUGUUGCCGAUACUGCUACUGCUACUGCCCCUCCCCCUUCCCAUCACGUGACCACGGAUUUCAUACCAAAACCGUUUAAAGCAAGCAGCAGUGGUAGCAAUGCCAGCAGUACCACCAGCAGUACAGCCGGCAGCCAUACUGCCACGACCACAGCUGACCCUCGAGAGAAACGUAGGAGUGGCACACCGUUGCUCCAAAUCAUGCCCGACGUGUCUUCUUCCACGUAG